AUGAUAAUAAUGGUGAUGAUUUUCCUGAUAUUUCUAUUCUGGGAAAAUGAGUUAUAUGAGGAAACAAUGGUGUCAAACAUGGAGCACUUGCAUGUGGACUACCCUCGGAGUGACUUUCCUGUAAGGUACUGCAACCACAUGAUCUUACAAAGAAUCAUCAAGGGACCUGACAACACCUGCAAAAAGGAGCAUGUCUUCAUCCACGAGAGGCCUCGAAAAAUCAAUAGUGUUUGCACUUCUCCCCAAAAAAUGGCUUGCCCAAAUCAUUCCACCAUUUUGUGCUUCCAGAGUGAGACAAAGUUCAAAAUGACAGUCUGUAAACUCAUUGAAGGUAUCAGAUAUCCUUCCUGCAGGUACCACGUUUCCCCCACGGAGGGGUUUAUUCUUGUCGGUUGUGAUGCCAUGGGGCCAAUUAAUGUUCAGAGAUAUAUUGCAUAA